AUGGCAAAGCGCAAACUCACUUUCCACGAGCUCCCACAGGAUUGCUAUAAUGCGAUCGCAGGCUUCACUGAUGGCGCUUCUCUAGAUAGCCUCACACGAGCCUCCAAGAGGUAUUACGAUGCUUUUGCGCAGAGCAACUUCGAAGAAAUCCGCUUCGAUGACACGCAAGGAUACCUUUCUUGCAAGCUCAGAGCGUUUCUGCUUCUCAAGACGAAUACCAACAUGAAUCAAAUCCGCCAGCAUAUUCGUGUUGCUACCAUCAAUCUGAGGUAUACUCACCUGGACUCGUCGAUGGCGGGAGAUUAUCCUCUUGCCAACGAUGAAGAGGACGAACAUCUGGUCUCGCGAAUCGUCGAUGCGCUAACUCGAAUGACUGCCCUCCAAAACCUCACCUUGGAUCUCGAGGGAUUCUCUGCCCAGCAAUCUCUCUCGUUCAGUGUGCAACUGGGACCGACGAGAAGAUGGGACAUCAUACACACACUCAGGCUGAAUGCCCCCUCCGUUGACGGCCCCCCAGCGAUCGACAUCCGGCCGGUAGGCGUCCGCCUUCCCCCGCCACAACCGUGGGAAGACAACUACAAUCUCCCGCCAGGAGUCUUCUCGGCCGUUUUGGACCACUGUGACGCCAAGGUCCUCAAAGCCAUACACCUGUAUAAGUGGUAUGGCUCUCGCGAGUAUGACGCGGUAAAGAGAAAGUACAGAGAUCGGACGGGAGAUGAUCCGCAUAAUCCCCCUUCACGCCAACUCCACAAGUUGCAUUUGUACCACGACCACCCAAAGUCAGCAUACCACAAAUGCACACCUACCUUCGACGUAGAUGUGCUCGACAGCAUCAUCGAAGAUUUCCCUUAUCUCCAGUGGCUCAUCCUGUCUGAAAAGCCAUACACCAUCAGAGGCGUUUCGAGAGAUCGUCGAGGGAUUCUCUCCAAGGCAGAGACUCUGGCCCAGAGAGUACAGUCUUCUAGACUCAAAAGACUCGCCUUUGAUCUCCGACGAACGCGGUUCCAUGGCAGAGUCAUUCGCAAAGACUUCGCUGCAGCCUUUGUUGAAGAGGGUCCUCGUGAAAUUUCCGAAGAGGAGGUUGAUGACUGGUAUUCCACCUUGAUUCGUCUCAUGUUCGAACAUGCUCCUCGGCUGGAACAGCUCGUCAUCUUUGACAACUUUCCCAUCUAUCACAUUGGCACAAGAUCAAGCUCAGGUCCAAUGCUAGUCCGCCGCGAGACGCUGGUUGGGACAAAGCACUCAUCUGCAUUCCCCCGUGGGCUGAUGUGA